AUGGGAUAUUUUGUUUUGCCCUGUGUAGUGGACAGACAGGGCUUUGCUGCCACAUUAGAACAGGUAUAUUUUGGAACUUCCCAUACAAGAUGCUAUGUCUCUGCCAAUGUGACUGGUUUCAAAUGUGCGACAGGAAUGUCUUGUUCAAUGAGAAAGGAUGCGUUAGAUCAAGCAGAAGGGCUUAUAGCUUUUCCUCAAUACAUUGCUGAAGAUUACUUGAUGGCCAAAGCCAUAGCUGACCGAGGUUGGAAGUUUGCAAAGUCCACUCAGGUUGCAAUGCAAAACUCUGGCUCUUACUCAAUGUCCCAGUUUCAAUCCAGAAUGAUCAGAUGGACCAAACUGCAAACUAACGUGCUUCCUGCUACAGUAAUUCGUGAGCCAAUUUCGGAGUGUUUUGUUGCCAGUUUAAUUAUUGGAUGGGCAGCCCACCAUGUAUUCAGAUGGGAUAUUAUGGUGUUUUUCAAGUGUCAUUGCCUGGCAUGGUUUAUAUCUGACUACAUUCAACUCAGGGGUUUUCAGGGUGGCACACAGUGUUUUUCAAAACUCGAUUAUGCAGUAGCCUGGUUCAUCUGUGAAUCCAUGACAAUAUACAUUUUUUUUUUGUCGGCAUUAUGGGACCCUACUAUAAGCUGGAGAACUGAUUGCUACAGAUUGCACCGUAGAGGCACAGCAGAGGAGUUUCUAGAUGUAUAACUAUAGCUUUGUGACUGUACAUAAAGGAAAAAAGAGAAGUAUUAUAAAUUAUGUUUAUAUAAAUGCUUUGAAAGAUCUAAAAAAGACGCUAUUUUUGUUUUAUUUUUAAAACAAAGUGUUUUAAAACAAAAUGCACACUAUGUAAUUCUUUGUGCCAUUCGGCUUAGAGGGUUCCUAGACAUCAGGAAAUCAACAACAUGUUCACAAGCAAAUACACUUUCUAAAUACCCACCUCCAUAGGAGAAACAUCUAUAGGAGAAAAUCAUUAAGCCACUUGAAUGUGGCCAAAGGGAAAAGUAUUCUAAGAUAACUACAGAUUUUUGGCUUUGGUUCUUCCCUCUUAUUUCCCUCCCCACCCCUGUGGAAAAUACUGAGGCAUAAUUUCUCAUGCCGAGGCAAAAAUGGUCAUAGCAAAAGCAAUCAUCAAAUGAAUUAACAUGUGGUUGAGACAGUAACAAUUUGUUGACGCUUCCUUGAUCUUUUGGAUACUGGAAUGGUAAUGGGUGGAAACUAUCCUAUUAAUGUAAGACCACUGUGAUGGAUAAUUUUAUGUGUCAACUUGACUGGACCACAGGGUCAUGACCUGAGACAAAAUCAAGAGUUGUACACUUAGCAGACUGAGCCACACAGGUACCCCGAGAUUAACAUCUAAAUAGGUAGACUGAUUUAAAAAAUUAAUUAAAAAAAAAAUAGGGGCGCCAGCAUGGCUC